GUCUCUUCAAUUAGGUACGGCGGCCUUUACAGAUUGACUCGUGUCUUAGCGCAGUAAUGGCAGAGAAAAAGCCUGAUGUCUCCCAGCUACCGACUAGGAAUUGGGUACGAAUUACGCUAACUGCUGCAAGUGUCAAGCCACUUGAGCAAGUUUCUAAUGAUCUGAUCAAGAGAGCUAAAGAUCAAAAUCUUAAAGUAAAGGGCCCUGUUCGAAUGCCAACCAAAGUUUUACGAAUCACUACUCGAAAAACUCCUUGUGGUGAAGGUUCAAAGACAUGGGACAGGUUCCAGUUAAGAAUUCACAAGCGUGUAAUCGAUCUGCUUUCCACAGAUGAAGCUACACAGCAGUUGAAGCAUAUAUAUUUGGAACCAGGUGUUAACUGUGAUGUUAAAGUUGCUGGGGAUUUGUGAAUGUGAAUAAAUUUUUCUGACCGGAUUAGUGUGUGGCUUCGUGUUGCAAUGUUAUACCUUUUAAAUGGAAUCUAAUAUAAACCUAGUGGGAACCAAAGUUAUAUUUGCAUAUUUCAAAUGUUGGUAUAACAUUCAGAAAGUCGAUUCGAAUAUCACUUCCCAUAAGGGAAUGGACUUGUGACUGAUUUUAAUCAGAACAAAUUUUUCCCAUAAUAACUUAAUUUCGAAUAGCUGCCGCAUUGUGUCGCCGUUCCCAAUGAAGUAGUGUUCAACGUCUAUUAACUCGGACAGUUUUUAAGUAAGACUAAUUAUUUAAUAAAUAAAAAUCUGUCAAAG